AUGGGAGGAAAUGUUGGGUCAGAAAGUAGUGGAUCUAAGAGAUCUCACGAGGACUCUGUAGGAUCUAGUGCUCGUCCAAUGGGUAGGGAGGCAGCUAAAAAAAAAGGUAAAAAGAAAACCAAGGACGCUUCCUUGGAGGUGGUGGAAAAAGAGUGGGUUGAAUUCAAAGAAAUCAAGGUGCAAGAUAUUGAACAAUUGAAAGAGUACACCAUGGUGCAACAGGAGAAAAACAGAUUGAAGAAAAUGAAAUUGUAUGUAAAGUUAAGUUCCGAAGAGCAUCUCGAUGACCGGAAAAAAGAGGUGUUGGAAAACUUGGAGCGUGAGCUUUUUGGAAAUUAA